AUGGAUUUCGUUUUAGAAGUUGUAGACACGCUAGUCUUAGACAAGUUCUACGCCAAGCUGCUUCCUGUCUCGUUGGCCGAAAACAUCCCUCUGGACUGGCACAAGUCCCUGAACGUCAACGCCGGUAUCACAAACACCACGCAGCUGUUGAACUCCCUGAAUGGCAUCCCUCUGAAGGACAGGGUCUGCCAAGACGUCUACGGCUACACACCUUACUGGAUGGAUAUGACUGUCGACACUUUCAGCAGUGUUUUGCCCCGUAGCAAUCUGUUGAGAGAGGCGCUCUCCCUAUCCGUCGUUGCCACUGUUUUCGCAUGGAUUUUAUACUUAUUUUUCGGCACCCUAUCAUACUAUACUUUGUUCGACAGAAACGUUUUCAACCAUCCACGUUACUUGAAGAACCAGAUGAAGUUGGAAAUCAAAUUGGCCGUUUCUUCCAUCCCACUGAUGUCCGUCAUGACCUCUUUCUGGUUCAUUUUGGAAUUGAAAGGCUACUCUAAGUUAUACACAAACCUUGAUCUGUCAGAUUCCAAGGGAUGGAAACAGCUGGUGUUCGAGUACGUCUCUUUCAUAAUGUUCACCGAUUGCGGUAUCUACUUGGCUCACAGAUGGCUGCACUGGCCAAAGGUCUACAAAGCCAUCCACAAGCCUCAUCACAAGUGGUUGGUCUGCACUCCAUUCGCUUCCCACGCUUUCCACCCAGUCGACGGUUACUUCCAAUCUUUACCAUACCAUUUGUACCCAAUGUUCAUGCCAUUAAACAAGUACUUAUACCUGGUUUUGUUCACAUUCGUCAACUUCUGGUCCAUUAUGAUUCACGACGCUAACCACAUGUCGAAUAACCCAUACUUAAACGGUACUGCAUGCCACACUGUCCAUCACUUGUACUUCAAUUACAACUACGGCCAAUUCACCACUCUUUGGGACAGAUUAGGAGGUUCCUACAGAAAGCCAGAAGACGAUCUGUUCGACCCCGAAUUAUCAAAGAACACAAAGGCUCUAGAGGAACAGAUCAAGAGAAUGGAAGUCAUUAAGUUAGAAGUCGAAGGUAAUGACGAUGACAGAGUCUACGAUGAAGGUCAAGACAUGAAGAAAAACAACUGA